UGUGAGUCACUUGGGAAAAAGUGAUCAGUCGAGACAGAGAAGAAAAGUAAGAGUAGUGCAUCCGGAGUGCUUGAUGUGCAGAACUCAGCAGGGCAGGUUUGAUGGAUCGUAACUGCAGCACAGACAAAGACAGGUCAAUACUUUUACUGCAGAGGCAAGUCCGUCUCAAAAAGCUGUCAGAAACACAUACUAUGCCUGCCGCAUAAAUAACAGCCAGCAAAGAUUUGGGCAGAGGGGAUACAGAGCUUUUUCUCGUGGCACUUCCUACUUAGCCCCUGAGCUUCUGAUAGGACAAGGACAAGGGAAACGAGAUCCAACUACCGAAGGGAAUCUAGGACUUCCGAUCCAGCAAUGGAGAGAUCAAGUAAGACAUACCUCAACGUGGAUGCAGUGGCCUCUUGGGUGGGAGCUGUUCGACUCUUGCAGGCCAUGUUUGGAUGUACUACAUUCAGCCUUGUGGCCCACCGAGCGGGAUUCAGCGCGGCCUAUGGCUCUUUCUGUAUAUCGAUCUGGUGCUUUUGCUUUGCCGUCACCGUCUUCAUCCUCACCUGUGAGUUUACUCACCUCCAUAGCUACCUAAGCAUCUCCUGGGGGAAUUUCACAGCUGCCUUUGCCAUGCUCGCCACCCUCAUGUCCAUCACCGCCGCUGUGAUUUAUCCAGUCUACGUCCAGUUUGACUGCGAUUCCAAUAGUUGCGAGGUGAGAAACUUCCGCAUUGCCAGUAGUGUUUUUGCAGGGCUUCUGUUUUGGGCAUAUGCCGCAGAAGUGUUUUUAACUAGGGCCAAGCCAGGCCAGGUGACAAGUUACAUGGCCACAGUUACAGGCCUCUUGAAAAUUAUCCAAUCCUUUGUAGCUUGUAUAAUCUUUGGCGCUCUGGCGAAGGACAGCCAAUACAAUAAGUAUGCAGCUACCCAGUGGUGUGUGGCUGUUUACUGCUUCUGCUUUGUGGUGACUGUGGUUGUGGUGGCUCUCAACGUCACAGGAAAGACAGCAAUGCUGAAAUGCCCCUUUGAACGCUUUGUGGUCGUUUACACUUUCGUGGCUAUCCUGAUGUAUGUGAGCGCUGCAGUGAUAUGGCCGGUUUUCUGCUUUGAUCAUAAAUAUGGCUCUCCACAACGUCCCUACCAGUGUUCCCGAGCCAUGUGUUCAUGGGACAACCAAGUGGUCAUUACGGUAUUCACCUAUGUGAACCUAGUACUCUACAUGGUGGAUUUAGCAUACUCACAGCGUAUCCGCUUUGUCUCAGCUCACUAAUGCUCAGCUCUGAUGCUACAAGAAUCUUAAAUGACUCAAAAAAAUCAGAGAGUUCGGAACCAUUACAAAGCCAACAGUGUCACACAAAGUAUGAACUUGAGGUGGAUCCAUGGGGAAAAAUUGGAUGGUUUGAAAAAAACAUGUAACGUGGUCUGAUGGGCCAUAGAUGGAACAUCUUCAGUAUUCUAGCUCACAGACAGGUUUAUUGUAACAUCCAGUUCUGUUAGACCUAAUUCUACAAAUUCAGAAAUAGAUUUUGAGCCCUUAUUUGUUGGAAGGACUCCUGAGUAAUUUAAACUUUAGCAGAAAUGGAAUGACAGUCCAAAUGCCAGAAAAAAAGCAUCUGUCCAUCCUAAGAUAAAUUUUUGUUGAAGAGAAACAUAAUACCUUUUUAAUAAAUCUGAUAGGUAUUGUCAGCUAUUCCACAGUGGGAGGGAAGAAAAACUAAACCAUCAUGAAGAUAUUUUAAUUUCAACAUUCCUCCAGACAAAGGAGAAUUUCUGCAUGCAUGUGCUGGGUGGGGAGUAUUGGGGUAUUCUUGUUGGGAGCCUUUUGAAAAAUACGUUGACAUUGUAAUUGACAACUGCAACAGAAAGGCUAUGUUUUCAAAACAAUUACUUCCAGACUGUCCUUCUCAAUCCGCAGUCCUUCAAGAAGAAAGAAUCUGAGGAGACCUAAAUGCCUGUGGAAACUAUGGCUACCUGCAAGAUAUGUUUGCCUUUUAGAUCAAAGUAUACUAAUUCAGGCAAAUGAUUGUUAUGUGUGGUACAAACAUGAAGGCAGAUUUUCCCAACCUAUUUAGGUUUAAUUUAGGUUUCCUCUAAAUGUAGAGGUAAUCCUCGAUUUACGACCACAAUUCAGCCCAAAAUUCCAUUGCUAAGACAGUUGUUAAGUGAGUUUUGCCCCACUUAUGACUUUUUGCUACAGCGAAUCACUGAAGUUGUUAAGUUACUAACGUGGUUGUUAAAUGAAUCUGGCUUCCUCAUUGAUGUUGUCUGUCAGGUGGUGGCGAAAGGUGAUCACAAGAUCCCGAGAUACUGCAACUUUCAUAAAUACAUCCAAAAACAUCCAAAUUUUGAUCACAUGACCAUGGGAUGCUGCAAUGGUCAUAAGUGGUCAUAAGUGUGAAAAAUGGUCAUAGGUCACUUUUUUCAGUGCUGUUGUAACUUCAAACGAUCACCAAACAAAUGGUUGUAAAUUGAGGACUACUUACAUUGGGACAAUAACUCUCAGAGUUUCCAGAUAUACUGAAGAAGUUGUGUGCCUUGUCAUUUAAAAAAGACCUGUAUACUUUUAUAAUGAAUUCAAUGAAGUGCCUGUUGCCUGAAAUAUGCUUGUUCUUAAAUUACAGCUGAGAAGUCGUUUGCAAAAACAAUCUUGAUGCAAAUAAUAAUACAAUAGUUGAUAUCCUACAGUGUGAAACAGUAUUUAAAUAAAUUUAUUUUAAAGAAAUUGA